ACAUCCGGUGCGAACUAUAAACAAACGCCAUUGUUGUUUUUAUCGAAAAUACCUCAUAUUUCAAUCGGUUAACAUCUAGGUCUAGAUCUAGUCCUAUACAUAAAUGGUUUCGUGAAAUAAAAAAAACCUGAAUGGAAAAUUAACCAAUUAACUCAUUAUCAUUGAAUUUACUUAUACAUCAUUACAUAUAUUAUUUUACCAGGAUGAGCUUCCUAUUUGGAAGUCGAAGCAAUAAAACAUUUAAACCAAAGAAAAACAUCCCUGAAGGCACACAUCAGUAUGAUCUUAUGAAACAUGCUGCAGUCACACUAGGGAGCGGCAAUUUGAGACAGGCAGUUCAGUUACCUGAUGGGGAAGAUUUGAAUGAAUGGGUAGCAGUCAACACUGUAGAUUUUUUCAAUCAGAUCAACAUGCUUUACGGCACUAUCACAGAAUUCUGCUUGGAGGAGACAUGUCCAGUGAUGUCAGCUGGCCCUAAGUAUGAGUACCAUUGGGCUGAUGGUCAGACUAUCAAGAAGCCAAUUAAGUGCUCUGCCCCAAAAUACAUUGACUAUCUAAUGACAUGGGUACAGGACCAGUUAGAUGAUGAAGCUUUGUUUCCAUCCAAGAUAGGUGUUCCUUUUCCAAAAAACUUUCUGUCCAUUGCAAAAACAAUAUUGAAGCGACUUUUCCGAGUGUAUGCCCACAUUUAUCAUCAACACUUCAAGGAAGUGGUUCAGUUAAGUGAGGAGGCUCAUCUGAACACAAGCUUCAAACAUUUUAUUUUCUUUGUCCAGGAGUUCAAUCUAAUUGAUCGGAAAGAGUUAGCCCCACUCCAGGAGCUGAUUGACAGAUUAACCAGCAAAGAUCGAUAAUAUUUGAUCAUAAGCCUUUUCAAACAUUCUUCUCUGACAUAUUUUUUAAGAAGAUGCUCAAUUUCAUGAGCAAACAAUUUUCUCUUUGUUUUGAUAAGUUGAUUUUGAAGUUAGAUUCAGAUUGUGUCAAAUAUUCUACUUUACCACAGAUUUUAAUUUUGACAACUUUUUGCUUAUCAUAUCUGUUUAUUAAAGUGUUUUAUAAAAUAUUAAUUUUCUAUAAUUAAUCCAUGCAUACAAUAGGCUUAGAAUUCAUAUUAGAGCUGUUGCUUUAUUUAGCAGUCCAAUGAAAUACAACCAGCUUACUUAAACAUAGAUGAUUGCUUUUGUUUGUUCAAAUCUCGACAAUUUUGUGAUAAAGUUGCGCACCGUGGGAUAGAUUUAAGUGACAGUCCUGUGUACAUACAAAUACUUUAUUGCUUAGCUAUCAUGUAUAACUAUUGCAUUUCAAAUCUCUGUGGUAUUUUUUCAGGUAUUGCUUAGAUUUUUCAAAAGAUUUAUUUUGUCUAUUUUUUCUAGUGGUAUUUCCAGGGGUAGGCAAGUGUUAGGUGGGGGCCUCAUAAACAAGGGUGUGAAACUAACCAUUGGUAGAGAUCUCUGGAUCCUCCCAAAAUAAGAUGAUCCAUACACAAAUAAUUUCUUCUCUAGUUUUCCUUUGAAUACUCAGACUUUCUUCAACAUUUUCUAUCAACAUUCCACAAUCAUGACUCUAUGAUGUCUCAACUGCUGUGCUUUAUAUAAUAUGUUAUAAAUACAACACGUACCACAACAUGAAUGUUCUGUAAACUAUUGUAUUGUAUGAAUAGACAUUUUAAUUGCGGUAACAUCUAAAAUUGCCUUUACUAUAUGGCACGCUGGGUUGUAAAAGAUGUUUUGUUUGUCAUAGAAAUCUUGAUAUCAUCCAGUUUUUUCCCCAUAAAAAUAUCUUGACCUUGAUAUCAUCAACCAGUACAAUGUGCCCACUAAUGUUCUCAUCCAUUUUCCCUGAUUCCUUCUUGCACUUUUAAAGUUGUUAGAUAUUUUUAUAGGGCAACGGUUAAAUACAAUUUGAUGUUGAUUAGUAUAAGCUUUUCUCAGCAUAAAAAUUCACUGUUGGUUAAUCAUUCUUUGUAGAUCCCUGCUGGAAAGUACUCACAAUAGUGCUGGAAAAAAUAUUUGACAACCAUGUUUGUAGUUACCUACACAAAUAUGGUCAGAAGCUAUGAAGGUUGAGUUGCUUGAUAUAGGAUUGUACAAUUGUAUCUUCAUAGCUCAAGGAGCCCAGUAACUUUUGGCUUUUUGUUCAUUAGUUUUUAUUUCACAGUUUUUUUUAGAUCUUGUAUGUAUUUUUUUAAUGAUAGUGAUUUGUCAUGUUCAACAUAAAAAAAUAACUUGAAAUCUGUUUCUGUCUAAGGUGGACCUACAGCUGACUGAAAAAAUUAAGUGGACCUACAACUGACAAAACAAAUAAGGUGGACCUACAACUGACAAAAACAUUAAGUGGACCUACAGCUGACAAAAACAAUGUCAUCAUUUACACCUGACAUUUUGAAAGAUUUAGCUGCCCAGAUAUGAUUGUAAAAUAUGGAAGUGUCCAUGUGUUGUCUUUCAAGCUGUUGACAUGAUAUCCAGCACAACUGUACGUCCAUUAGCCUCAGUGUAUCAUU